ACAAUGACUUUGUACACAUUGAACAAAAAGCAGUGCAGGCCUAAAUUUAAAACAUUUUACCAAACGUAAUUUUUCGACAAAACAAUAAUAAAAAAAUAGUCUUGCUUCCUUAAUCUGAAAUUGUCAGUCUUGCAAUAAAUAGUGCAGGGCAAUUAUGAUGUUCAGUUGUGAUGUGCAAGUCAGUCAGCCACCGGAUGCAAAUGUGAAGGAUGCAAUAGAUGACACAUACAACAUUAUCGAAUUCCGUAAUACUAAGAUACCGACGAAAAUUCCAGAGCCCGUACGCUUGGACAGGAGCGGGUGCUGCAUCCACAGAAGCACUCGAAAAUACAUCCGCCUGAUGAAGUCAUUGCAGAGCAAGAGCAAACUUGACGAAAGUUACAACAGCAGCAGUACUCUGGUUUACACAUGCAAUGAUUCGGGUGUCCAAAUGGACUUCUCAACUGCAAAGGACGAUGAAUUAAUCAUUGAAUUGCUGUCACGUGAUUCGGAUAGCUCAACGUCUCAACUGCAUUGCAGCACUGAGACACUUCCGCAAAGUGAAAGUUUACUGGAAUUGAAGGCGGCAGAGGAGCAGACUCUCAGAGUCCUGCAACUUGCAGUGGCCGAAAUGGAAGCGGAUGUUGAAUUGAAUGCUCAGAUACUGGAGGAGCAGAUAAAGCUUGAGCUGGGGAAGCAUCUGAAUUUGGAAGUUGAACAGAUAGUCGAACAUGAGAUUGAGCAAAUGCCACUGCAGGAGGAGCUGCAAGUGGAGCCGACGGUGGAGCUGGUGGAAGAAGUGCCUGAGGAGGUAUCAGAGGAGAUCCCGCAAGAGCUGGUAAAAGAGCCGCCACAUGAGUUGCUAAAGAUGUUGCCGCAUAAACUUUCGGCGGAACUAACGGAGAAGCUGGCGAAGCAUCCGGAACCGAAAGAACAAUUCGUGGACUUGAUUGAACCGAUUGAUCAGAUUGAGAAACUCUCCAACAGCAUUCUUACGCCACGUGAGCGAAAGUAUGUGCGAAUGGAGCAACUCCUUGAAGCGGAGAAUAACAUUCAAAUGCUGCAUAAGCUGCUCCAGCCGAACAGCGAGACGAAUCUUGUGCAGCACCCCGAAGGUGAAUUUGUUCUAGCUGACACCGAUAAGGAGCGGUUGGAGAUAAUUCCCGAUAAUGAAUCUGAAUGGACAAGCAAAAAUGGCCUCUUACAGUCGCUGUUGACAUUUAUUUGCAGCAAAAGCAUCCUUAAACUGAGCUAUCCUAUACUAUUAUGUGGCAUGGCCGUCGGUUUGGUUUAUUACUUUCAUAAGGACUAGGGCAUUGUCGGCGUAAUAUCUUUUUUAGAGUACUCUAAACAACAACAAAUUGAAGAGCGUGUAUAUGUGCGAUUUAUGUAACAAAAUCGAUUUGCAUUUAUUGUAUAAAGCACAAAAAUCGCCGAUUCAUUAAAAUAUCACUAAGACACUACAAAACUCGCAGGGUACAAAGUCACAUCCCACAAAACUUAAUAAAUAAAAAUGCGUCAAAACCCUCUCAUUUCAUAAA